AUGGAUCCUGAGGAGAUUGCGAGACGUGUGGCGAAUUUGCGUUUGUCAAUGAAGGAAACAGAGAGAGGAGUCAAACUUUCACAAGCAGACACUGAACAAAAGAAUCAAUGUGCAGCCAAGAUGCUGGUAGGAAAGAUCUUUGCAAACCGGCAAUACCCCAGAGAAACAUUACGCGAGAAGCUACCUUUAAUUCUUCAAGUUAGAGGACAUUUUGAUGUUGAACUGGUGGGUUUCAAUAUUUUCGUCCUCUAUUUGGAGCUACCUUCGGAUAUCACUCGAAUCAUGGCAGAGGGGCCAUGGCACAUUUUUAAUGAUUUGAUUCUCAUCCAGAAACUGGACCCUCUGCAAUCGGCAGCAACGGUCGAGUUUAAGAAUAUAUCAAUGUGGAUUCAACUACACAACCUUCCUAUUACAUGUAUGGAACAAGAAAUGGUGAGGAAAAUUGGAGAUAAGGUGGGGACGGUUUUGGAGAUUGAGUCGGGGGAAGGCGGCCGCUGCCUCGGCAAAUACGCUAGGGUGAGAGUCGAAAGAUCCAUUGAUGAGCCACUAGUCAGAGGGAUCCCUAUUACAUCUGAAAAGGAAGAUAACUCCACCAUGGUUCUUAUCCUUUAUGAACGACUCCCAGAAUCCUUCUGCUUUGCUUGCGGGAAGAUUGGCCAUCACAUGAAGAACUGUGAUGCAGGGGCGGAGGAGAAAGCAAACCCGAGUUUCGGGAACUGGCUACGAGCAGGUAGGAGUGUUGACUAUCGGAGACCCGCGGUGCAGAACGGGAUUAAUAUGAGGAGUUUAACAACUAUACCCAGGUUGAUGUCAGCCCAGAGACCCAAUGGACCACGACCGCCGCCAAGAGCUGAGAAAUACGACAAUAUGGCUACAUACAAGAACCAAAGCGAAGGCAACAAUGCAGAAGCGGCGGAGAAAAUUAUUGGUAGUUGCUCUUCAGAGAUAAGGGUACUGAUGGAAGAAGACACAACUCCACUUUCUGACAAUACUGGACACAAUAUGUUAGUGACUCAGUUGGAAGAAGAAGGGACUGGGAAAGUGAUGAUAGGGGAAGUGGAAGAGGGAGAUGAGGUGGAGAACAGUUCAGGAGAGCAGAUGACUCAGGGGAUCACUGCAGAGGAAUAUGACAACAUUGGGAGAGAGAAAGGGGUUUUAGGGGCUAGAAAUUGUCCAAAGAAAAUUUCUAACAAACUUUCUUCUGUCAUUUUGAAGAAAAAGCAGACGGGUAAGGGAUGGAAAAGGCUAGCUCGAGAGAGGAACAGGGAUGGUGAAGGAGUUUCCUUCACAGGGGGGAAAAUGCCAAUGUUGGGGAAACGCAAGGAGAAGGAGAAGACGAAGGACUUGAAAGAGGAUAAGCAAGCACCAAGCCAUAAAAACCCUAAACUGUUAGAUGAAGAGGAUACAACUGAGUUGGGAUCGGCGGCGGCUGCGUUGAUGCAGCCCCGCCGAGAGCAAUGA